AUGUCUAGUGAAAUCUCUCCUGUUACGACUAACACUCAUAACACCAAUCAGGCGUCAGAUACGCCUCCUCGAACCCGCAUAUCUCGAAGAAGAGCUCAUUCCAUUUCCAAUGCCGUUUUGCUGCAUGCGACAGCAGUUCUCCGGCAGAAAGAACUCCAAGAGCAACAAGCCGAAGCUGGCUCAGCAGCAGCUACUUCUUCAAGUAUCACACACAGAGAUAAACAUCAACAUCGUUACGGAGAACUGACUCCUCCCAAAUCAAAUGAGACUUUGACCAAUGAAAAUGAGACUUUGACCAAUGAUAAUGCUCACCACAACGCUCGUACGACUCCACCGCCCACGAUCAUCAAGAAAGUCCAAUUUACAACUUCUGGAAACUCAUCAGAUGACGACUUUACCUCACAUACGCAUACCCAUGGUGGUGAUCAAUUGGAAGCUUAUCGUACCUUCAAUUUGAAGACUGACUCCCCCCUGACAUUUCUUUCUUCUGGAUCAUCGUCAGGUCAGUCGACUCCGCGAAUGGUGCCUCGGAAGCUGCUUCCCUUAACUAUUACCCUGUCGUUAGAUCAACAGCUACUUACGAAUCCUGCCAAUGUGUCGAAUUCCAACCUUCCAAUGUUCAAUAAAAGACCGUUAACUGAUACGCCUAUCGUGUCAACAGUUACUUCACCCUAUGAAGGUGCAGUUGAUAAUGAUGGUUACAUCUACGGAGAAGAAGGUGAAGAAGAAGACGAUGACUUGGAUCCUGAAAGCACAAAGAAGGACCAAGCCUUGCCUAAAACAAAGAGGAUAUCCCAUUUGAAUUUAUCGGAGUUGAACGAGAAGUUCUCGUUUACUGAAGCAUCUAAGAAACACAUCCAUAAACCUGAAGAAGUUAUUUCUCCUUCUACUGAAGAUCUAAGCCUAGUAAAAACCGUAUCUGAACCAGGUGAGAAAGUUAAACAAUCAUCUAAUCAAGCUUACCCAUCUAUUAACAAAUCCACUCCAGAUGCUGCAACACCAAUUGGUAAAUCAGAGUCCAUUAGUCCCACCACGUCACUUGAAUCAUUCCCUGAGAAAGAGGCUAUAAAGAGCAUGGAUAGUCAUUUAAAGAACUUACUUCAUGAUAUACCUAAGAAAUACCAAGAGGAAUUUGAAAAAUCCCCUUCUAUUGAACAAUUGAAGAAUAUGUUACUCAAUAAACCCCCUCCAAGUGCAAGGAAAACAUAUACUUUAAAUAUCCCUGGCCAAACAUCAUCAAAAAUAUCACCAGAUGGGAAAAUUGCAUCAGUAGAUGUUGGUUCCAAAAUGGUCAUUGUAAUGGUAGGGCUUCCUGCCAGAGGGAAGUCUUACAUUACCAACAAAUUGACAAGAUACUUGAACUGGCUUCAACAUGAUUGUCGUGUGUUCAAUGUUGGGAAUACCAGAAGAAAGGAUAAGAACAAUCAAGGUCCAGAAGCUAAUCCUUUGCCUGAUUCAACUACUCCCAACCACAAUUCUCCUGCAAGCAGCUCUCCAAACAUCUCUGCAUUAUCACCGAAUGAUGCGCUCCCUCCUACUGGGAAGCUUAAUGGGUUGAGAAUGACAUCAACAGAAGAUGCUAGAACAGAAGCGGAAGAGGAGGAACACCAUGAUGGAGAAACCCAACAUUCUGCCGAUUUCUUCAACCCAAACAAUGAAAGCUCUGUGGUAUUACGGGAGAAAUGGGCAAUGGAUACUUUAGACACCCUUUUGAAUUAUGUUAUCGAGGGCCCUGGUUCCGUGGGUAUUUUCGAUGCAACAAAUUCAACAAAGAAGAGGAGAUCAAGGGUAUUGAAAAGAAUCCAAGAACGUUCAAAUGGCGAAUUGAAGGUUUUAUUUCUUGAGAGUAUAUGUUCUGAUCCCGCAAUCAUUGAUGCUAAUAUUCGUUUGAAAUUAUCAGGGCCAGACUAUAAGGAUAUGGACCCUGAAGUGGCAUUGAACGACUUUGUCGGAAGAUUAAAGAAUUACGAGAAGGCAUACGAAACCAUUGAUGAAGAAGAAGAAAAAAUCCCGGGGUUCCAAUAUGUGAAAAUGAUCAAUGUUGGGAAGAAGGUUGUCAGUUAUAAUAUCAAAGGGUUUCUUGCUUCCCAAACCAUCUAUUUUCUUUUGAAUUUCAAUUUAUGUGAAAGACAAAUUUGGAUUACCAGACACGGUGAAUCUGUUGACAAUUUGUAUGGUAGAAUUGGAGGUGAUUCUCAUCUUACCAAAAGGGGAGUUAACUUUUCCAAAACCUUGGUUCGGUUCAUGGGCUAUCAACGGAAGGAAUUCCGCAGACAACAAUUGGAAAGAUUCUCAUCUCGAUUACAAUUGCGCUAUUCCAAGAAUAUGUUCAACGAAACGGAUUUUGCUACUCUUGAUAGUAUACCAAAUGAAGCUAAUUUCUGUGUUUGGACGUCGCUGCUUACUAGAGCUAUGGAAACGGGCCAAUAUUUCAAUGACCAAUUAUAUUCCAUUAAGCUGAUACGGAUGUUGAAUGAACUUGGAGGUGGUAAGUUUGAAGGUCUUACGUAUGACGAAAUCCGAUCUAAAUACCCCAAGGAAUUCCAAGCCAGACUUAAAAACAAAUUGGAUUACCGAUACCCAGGUGUGGGAGGCGAAUCAUAUUUGGAUGUGAUUACAAGAUUAAGACCAUUGAUUACUGAACUUGAAAGAACCACAGAUCAUUUACUUAUAAUUUCACAUCGGGUUGUUCUUCGUGUUUUACUAGCAUAUUUUUUGAAUUUGGAUAAGUCUGCCGUCGGGGAAUUGGAUGUUCCAUUGCAUACAUUAUACUGUUUGGAACUGAAACCAUAUGGAACCGAAUACAAGAUGUAUGAAUAUGAUGAACGUAUUGAUUGGUUUGUUCCUGUUGAACCCGAACACCAAAAGAAUGUUAAAGAAGUUGGGGUGGCUUUCAAGGAACGGAAAUAUAGUGUUAUUCCUACAGCCCCACCUUCUUUUCAUAGUCAUCACAAGCCAUCCACUUUUCUUAGACAGAGUAGUAUUCGAGAAGGUGGCCCAAGUGGCGCUGGAGGAGGAGGAGGUGGUGGUGGUGGCCAGCUUACAAUCCGUGGAAGUCUUAUGAGCGCAACUGAAAAAGAGGAAGAUAUACAUUCGAAUAAGUUUAGGACAAAUUCGAAUAAGUUUAGGGCAAACUUGGAUAAGUUACGUAAGCCAUAG